AAUUACAUAAAAAGUAGAAAGCAAGUUGAUCAAUGGAGAUGGGGCGUUUAUGUUGGUGCAUUAUUAUUUUGGUUUGGGUUCAAGCAUCUAUGAUCACUGGGUGCUCUGGUUGUUUGGAGGAAGAGCAAAAUGCUCUUUUCCUACUCAAAACCUCCAUCAAGUACCCAAAUAAAUCGUCUUCAGCAUCUUCGAACUUAAUCAACAAAGAGAGUACUACUGAUUGCUGCAAUCAGGAUAGUACUGUCCAGUGCAGCAACAUUACAGGCCGUGUAACCCAUAUUGAUCUCUAUGGGUAUGUCUAUGGGUACUCGAGGGAUUCGUGGAGUGGAUCAAAAUAUUGUUACUUGAAUACCUCUUUGUUGCUUCCCUUUCAAGAGCUCAAGUCUCUGGAUUUGGGUUACAAUAAUAAAUUUAGGGUAUCGAAAGAAGGUUUGGAAAGAUUGUCUGGGUUGAGCAAGCUGGAGGAGCUUUACCUGCGUUCUAUUCUCUUAAAUGAUAGCCUCUUGCCAUCCCUUACCAAGAUUGCUACGCUCAAGAUACUAUCUUUGUUUGCAAUCCAAGAAUGGGAUUAUGAAGCUAAUAAUAUCCAAGAGCUAGGAAAGCUAAAGAACCUACAAGAGUUGUAUUUGGAUUUUUCAUCCAUUGACAAAAGCUUUCUUCACAAAGUUGGAGUGAUGACUUCUCUUAAUGUAUUAAGCAUGACAAGGUGUGGACUCAAUGGCAGCUUACCCAACCAAGGCUGGUGUGAACUCAAGAAUAUACAAGAGUUAGACAUUAGUCACAAUCAUUUUGAAGGGAGAUUGCCUUCUUGUUUGGCAAACAUGACAGCACUUCGGGUAUUGAAUCUCGAAUUCAAUAACUUCAAUGGAAGCAUUUCUCACUCUCCCAUAUCUAAUCUGCAAUCACUUGAGUUCCUUUCUUUGUCACAUAACCACUUCAACCCAGCUACAAUUUCCUCCUUUUUUAAUCUUUUGAAGAUUAAGAUAUUCAAGAGUGAUAACAACACACUUGUUGAUGAAACAGUGUCUCAAAGAAGUUGGACUCCAUACUUUCAGUUGAAGGUUCUGUCAUUGUCAAGUAGCCUUGCUAGAAGACCCACUAGAACAAUUCCCAAAUUCCUUCGUUACCAAUAUAAGUUACAAGCAAUUGAUCUCUCGCACAACAAUUUAGUGGGACAGUUUCCCACUUGGUUGCUAGAUAACAAUACAAGAUUGGAGAUUCUUAAUUUAAGGAAUAACAGUUUCACAAACCCUUUCCAAGUACCCUAUCGUCCUAAUCCCCAUAUUCGAAAUAUAGAUAUUUCAAAUAAUGAUCUAGGAGGUCCAAUUCCAACAAACUUGGGUUUAGUUUUUCCCAAUUUAUUGCAUUUAAACAUGUCUCAAAAUGCUUUUGUAGGCAUAAUUCCAUCUUCUUUAGCUAUUUUAGUAUCCUUGAUAACAUUGGACUUGUCUAGCAAUAAUUUGUCAGGAACAAUACCAAACCAUUUGGCAAUGGGUUGCCCCAAUUUGGCAUACCUGAAAUUGUCAAACAAUAAAUUAAGAGGCCACUUAUUUCCUGCCAAAAGUAAUCUAACUCAACUUCGGUUUUUAUAUUUGGACAACAACCAAUUUUCUGGAAAGAUCCCAUAUAGCUUAUCCCGUAGUGCUUACUUGACUGCAUUUGAUUUUAGUAGCAACUCUUUGUCAGGCAUGCUUCCAAGAUGGAUUGGCAACAUGACCAACUUGGCUGGAAUUGUUUUGGCCAAAAACCAACUUGAAGGUCCUAUUCCGAUUGAGUUAUGCGAAGUCAAACAAAUUAUUUUUCUUGACCUUUCCGAGAAUAAUUUGUCGGACUUCAUACCAUCGUGCUUCAAUUCAUUGAACAUCAAACAUGUUCAUCUGGGAAAAAAUAGGCUAAGUGGUCCCAUUACAAGUGCAUUCAAGAAUAGCUCUGCUCUAGUAACAUUAGAUCUCAGAGAUAACCGCCUAACUGGCAACAUUCCAGAUUUUAUUGGCAACCUCUCAUCAUUGAGCAUCCUCCUCUUAAAAGCUAAUCACUUACAAGGAAGGAUUCCAAUUCAAAUAUGCCUUCUUGGAAACUUAACCAUGUUGGAUCUUUCAAAUAAUAGUUUUACUGGUCCAAUACCUCGUUGCUUGAACAACAUUAGUUUUGGGGCAAGUGACCAAAAAUCCAAUCUAGGAAGUAGAUGGAUAGUUAGUUUUGUCAGUGGAGCAUCGACAUACUUGGAGACAAAGUCACAAAUGAAUACUGGAUAUGAUUUGUUUGUUGCUUUUUUCUCGGAAGUGGAUGCACGACAAGAAGCAGAGUUCACAGCAAAGAACAGAACUGACUCUUAUAAGGGUAAUAUUCUCAAUUAUAUGUCUGGAAUAGACCUCUCAUGCAAUUGUUUAUCAGGUGAAAUUCCACUCGAGCUUGGAGACUUGAGCAACAUUCGUGCGCUGAACUUGUCGCACAACAAUCUAACCGGAUCAAUCCCCACAACAUUCUCGAAACUAGAACUAAUAGAGAGCUUGGAUCUCUCCCACAAUAAGUUGAAUGGCAGCAUCCCCCCUCAACUUAUAGAGUUAAACUUUCUAGCUGUGUUCAGUGUGGCUGACAAUAAUUUAUCAGGUAGAACUCCAGAAAGAAAAGGUCAAUUUGGAACCUUUGAUGAAAGCAGCUAUAAGGGGAAUCCUCUUCUGUAUGGACCUCCACUACUUAAUUCCUGGAACAAAACUGGAUUGCCAUCUAAUCAUAAGGGAGAAGAAAGUGGUGGUUUCAUAGACAUGGAUAUUUUCUACAUAAGUUUCGGGGUGUCUUACACAACAAUGUUGCUGGGAAUUGUUGCAGUUCUGUGUAUAAAUCCUUUUUGGCGUCAGGUGUGGUUUAGCUUCAUUGAAGUGUGCAUCACCAAGUCUUUUUGCUUCUUUGUUUGUGAUUUCUCGUAAGUUGUCCUGUACUUUCUAAAGUAUGUAGCCUUGCAUAAUGAUGAAAUUUGCAUAUGUUUAUAUGCUUGUUCUUGAUUUUCAAAUAUGAGGUUUAUAACUUUCCACAAACCUUUAUGGAU